AUGGACCAGGCUCCACAAGAUGAACAACAAUUAAUUGUAACUCCAGAAAAUGUCCAGGAACUCUUGACCUCCAGGAACUUCAGACAAAGAACACUGGCAUAUCAAAGGAUUAAUGAUUUCCCUCAGUAUAUUGGUCUUCUUCAGAACGAGACAAUAGCGGUUGCCCUAGAAAUAGCUUUGGACUCUCUAAUGAAUUUCAAUGGAAUAUUGACAAACGAGGAGAUUUCUGGUCUCUAUUCCCAGUUCAGCCAAAGCAAAGCAAGCAUUAGAACAAAGCUUUCAGAGGUGAUUGACAAAGCCUUUCACAACGACAAGGUUGGCAUUUUGAAGGGACUAUCUCAGUACUUUACUCACAAAAACUCAAAGGUUGUUUUUGGAUGCGUAAACAAAGUCAAUUCAUUGAUCAGUACUAAUCUGGAAGAUUUUAGGUCUAAAGAAUAUAUGAAGCUCCUGGCAGAAGAGAUUUGCCCGAGGCUUGAUACCCUUUUCUCGAAUGCUGACAAGGACGUUAAAAGCGAGUCAUCUUUGCUUUCUCUGACACUCUACCGUGUAUUUUAUGAUGAUCUUCUAAAAUACCUAGAAAAUGUGAAGCCGGUCAUUUUAAAAGACCUAAAAGAGUCAUUUAAACAGGUUGAGGUUCCAAAAACUGAGAUUAGAUUGUCAAGCCUUGACUUUGAUCAUUCUGACUGGAAAGAAAGACUGAAUGCUAUGAACUUUAUUAAGGAUAAUAUUGCAAAGAUGAGCAAUAUUAACGAUGUGGUUCCAAUAUUAUCGAGAAAAAUCAAAGAUCCUAAUUUUAGUGUAGUAGUAGCAGUAGUGGAGUGUAUAAGGACAGGAAAAAUAGCCAACCCUGAUUGCGUCAGAGGAAUGAUAGAGAGGUUUAAGGACAAAAAGGCUUCGCUGACCCAGCUGAUCAUUGAGACUGUCCAAUACACAAAACCUGAUGUUAACAUUCUCAUAGAUGGACUGUCAAACAAGAAUCCUGAUGUUAAAAUAGGAAUAUUAGAAUGUUUGAAAUUUUAUUCAAUUUCUAAAAGAUAG